AUGGCGGACGAAGCCCCCGCGGAAGUCCCGACGGACGAUCCCGCGGAAGGCGGCGACGCGCCGACCGAGGCGAUCGAACCGAAAGCGGCGUCGAAAUGGGCGAAAGCGAAGUCGCUGACGAAGAUGUCAACUCGACUGAAGCUCGGCGCGAAGGCGCUCGCGGCCGAGGAGGCAGCGGCCGCGGGCGGCGGCGGCGACGCCGCGCCCGCGGCGCCCGCGGAGCCGCCGAAGGCGCUCCUCCCCGGGUCGAAGUGGGCGAAGGCGAAGGAGGUGAAGACGAUGGUCAACGCGACCAUGGGAAUGAAAAAGAAGACGUCGAAACCGCCCACGCCCGCGGGGUCGAUACCGCCGUCCGAGGCUGGGGACGUGCCGAAGUACCCGGGCACGCAGUGGCUGAAAGCGAAAGCGAAAGUGGACGCCAUCGCCGCGGUCGCGGGGGACCAGCCGAUCGCGCCGUCCGCGGCGAAGCUGUCCGGAUUAGCGAAGAUGAAAGCCGGACUCGCGAAGAUUAAAGCGGGCGACCGCGCCAGGACGCCGACGCCGGCGCCGUCCGUGCGCGAGCCGACGCCGCCGCCGGCGGACCCGGAGCCGGAGAACGUCGAGAACGUCCCGCCGCCGCCGGCGUACAAGUCCGCGGCGGCGGCGGCGGCGACGCAGAUACCGCUCGCGGAGGUCAACUCGCGCAUCGCCGCGUUGGAAGACCUGGCGAGGUACUCCCUCGGCGUCAGCGCCAACGCGGGCAUCGGACAGUCGCUCGGCCCGAACGACCACGAGAUUCGCGGCGGCAGCCGCGGCGGCCACGGCAACAACGGACGCGGCGAUAACUACCACGGCAACAACGUCUUCAACGAGUUGAACGACCUCCGCGCGCGCCUCGCGAACGCGGACCCGCGCGCGUACCAGCAGUAUUACGGCCACGAAGUCGCGCCCGCGCCGCCGCCGCCGCCGCCGCCGCAGUACCACCCGCCGCCGCCGCCCGCGGACACGGCCGCGGAGAGAGCGGAACGCGCCGAGCGCGCGGAGCGCGCGGAGCGAAGCGAACGCGCCGAGCGCGCGGACCGGAUGAUGAUGAUGAUGUUCACCGGUAAAGUCCCGGGGCAGGCGGCGGCGGAGUCGCACGCGCAUCACGGCGUGAUGCAGGCGAUGGAGGACGCGCGCGCGGCGGCGGCGGCGGCGAUGCGCGCCGCGGACCAGGCGAACGUCAGCGCGGCCGCGGAACGCCGCGAGCGCGAGGCGCUCGAGGCUGAGAUGCAGCUCUUACGCCAAGAACUCGCGCACGCGCAGCAAGUCAAGGCGCAGACGGAGGGCGACCUGAUGCUCGCCGUCGACGACGCGGAGAUGGUGCGGCAGUACCUCGCCGAGUCGCAACGCGCGGGCGCGGUGCAGCAGCAGAUGGCGCAGCAGAUGGCUUCGAGGCAGCCGACGCCGCAGGCGCACCGAGGACGGCCGCGGUCGCGGUCGAGGACGCGGGAGGACCCCAUGGCGGCGCCGGUGAGUCGCGCGGCGUCGGAGACGCUCGCCGCCGCCGCAGAGGCGAAGCAGGCGCGUCCCGCACACUGGUUCCCAUACGACCCCGUUCGCGUGGUGAACGCCAUUCCUUAA